AUGGAGGAUUAUGCAAAAAUCAAAAAGUCCGACAUGGGUGUUUCAAUCGCAGGAGUCAAUAGGGACAGCAAAGUUGGCAAUGCGCUGUUCCAAGGAGACAUGAUUCUGACGAAAAAGCAAGCCGAUGAGAUAUUGGAAGACAUCAAGGAAAGCAAGGGCAAUCGCGACAAACGGCAAGCUUAUCGUGACGAAAAAUAUCCUGGAACUCUGUGGUCUCAAGGAAUAAAUUACGUGUUUUGGAACGCAACUAACUCGGCCAGACGAGUGUUCAAGAAAGCUGCCGUGAUAUGGAGUGAGAAUACCUGCCUUGAAUUCAAGGAGGACAAUUCAGCUACGGAUAAAGUAUACGUUGUCCACGGUGCAGGAUGUUGGUCACAUGUCGGAAGAAUUGGAGGAUCUCAGAUCCUCUCACUAGGCGACCGUUGUGACUACAUUGGAUUGGGUUUGCACGAACUCGGCCACACCAUAGGUCUCUUCCACACGCAAUCGAGACAUGAUCGUGACGAUUUCAUCACACUUCAUUUCGAGAACCUCAUUGACGGCUGGGAGGAUCAGUUCGCUAAAGAAUCUGAACGUACUAACUACAACUACAACAUCACCUACGAUUACGGAACUGUAAUGCAUUACGGAGCAACUGCGUAG